AUGACAACAAAAUCGAAACUUCCGUCCUUGACAACGAGAUUGAUUCAAAUAGCUUGCUCCAUUCUUUGGUGCCUAGCCGCAGCCGGUCCCGUUUUCGGAUUUGCAGCGUUGAAACCAAUAUUGAUAUCCCAGCAUGUUUAUGAGUCACGAUGUGAUGUACAAACGGAGUCAACGGAGACCAAAUGUGUUGAUCAAGAUUUAAGCUUAAACUUUUUAUUUACAAUUGCUUGUAUGGUGACAAACAUCAGUGCCUUACCUGUUGGGUCUAUAUUGGAUACUUUUGGACCCAAAAUUACUGGAAUUAUUGGAUCUAUCAUAAUCACAUUAGGGUCGUUGAGUUUGAAAUUUGCCAACAAGUGGGUUUAUUUUGAUGGCUAUUUAAUUGGAUACACUUUGUUAGCCUUAGGAGGUCCAUUUGUGUUUAUCAGUUGUUUUCAACUUGCCAACAGCUUUCCUAAAAACUCGGGCCUAAUUUUGGCAUUAUUAACUGGUGCAUUUGACUCAUCGUCGGCCUUGUUUUUGUUUUACCGUAUCUACUACUAUCAAGUUGAUGAAUUAUCCCUUGGCAACUUCUUUACGGGUUAUUUGAUUGUGCCAGCUUUCAUAUUCCUUUGUCAAGUAUUUGUCAUGCCUAGGAACUCGUACAAGACUGUUGGAACAUUGGCCAAGAUUGCUGAAACCGGUAUUGAUGAAACUGGAAGACCUUUGGAUGACGAUUUAUUACAUCCUGAGGAUCGUGAAAACGCAAUCACAGCACGAGAUGAUCUUUACCAACCUACAAUCACUGAAACUACGGCACUUUUGAUGAGAAGACCAUCGGAUGUAAGCAGAAGAGCUUCAACAUUGUCAAGAGCUUCAUAUAAUUCGAUAAAAUCGUCAUAUGAGCAAGAAGCAGACACCAAGUUGGUUUCUUCUUCUGGUGGUGUUUUCGGAGUUUUGCAUGGUUAUUCGAUAUCACAACAAUUAAAAUCGCCGUGGUUUUCUUUAAUGACACUAUUCACCACUAUCCAAAUGUUGCGUAUAAACUUUUUCGUAGCAACAAUUAAAGCACAAGUGUUCUACUUGUAUGGGGGUAAUGAAGAGAUUGCUACUACAGUGAACCAUUUCUUUGACCUGGCCUUGCCAUUGGGUGGUAUCUGUUCGAUUCCAUUUAUUGGGCUUGUGUUGGAUAACUUGCAAACAUUAACUGUAUUGUACAUCUUGACCGGGAUGUCAUUAUUCAUUGGGGUGAUGGGUUUAUUAUCUUGGAUUCCAGGUACUUAUGCUGGUAUCAUUGUCCUUGUUGUUUAUCGACCAUUUUAUUACACUGCAGUAUCCGAUUUCUGUGCCAAGGUGUUUGGCUACGACAAUUUUGGAACCGUUUACGGAGCAAUCAUUGCCAUUAGUGGUGUGUGCAACAUCUUGCAGCAAGUGAUGGACAAAGCAAGUAAGGAGUACUUCCAUAUGAAUCCUACACCAAUCAAUUCAUUUUUGAUUAUUUUAACAUUCGUAUUUGGUGCUGGAUUAAUUGCAUUUGUGAAAUCUCAAGAGAAAGAUAUAAAGAGGAGAAACUUGGAGAUGGAAGCUGAAGAUGCAUCGUAUAGAUCAAUGCCAACGUAG